CAUUGAAAAUUUGUGCUAGUGUUUGGAGAUCCUACUGCAACCGAAUUACUAAACUAAACUUGUGGUCGACUUCAAGCUAGGGACCUUCACGAAGUCUCCAAGACAACUUUUUCAGUUGGUUAUUAUGACCGUUGGUCACCUUACCCGCCAAAAAUCAAAUUUCUUAUCUCUUCUUCGUUUCCAAGCCAAAACAAAACGGUCUUUACUUCUCCUUCCAUUGUCCUUCUCUAAGCCCACUUGUACCUUCUCUUCCAAUUCCGACCCAAAUGGCACUUUCCUCGAAAAGGCGAAAAGGGUUAUGUCCCUUUUCAAGUUCUGUUCCACCAUGAAAGACUUGAAGCAAAUCCAUGCCCGUAUUAUACAACUUGGGUUUGAUCAGGAUCUGUUUGUUUUGGCAAAGAUGGUUGAGUUUUGCUCAGUGCAGGGAGAUAUGGAUUAUUCGGUUUCGGUUUUCGAUCGAAUCGAAAACUCAGAUGGGUUCCUUUGGAAUACCAUGAUUAGGGGAUUUGGGAAGACUAAUCAGCCUCACAAAUCUGUUGUAUUCUUUAAGAGAAUGCAAGAGAAAGGAGAGUUGGCUGAUAAUUUCACUUUUGCAUUUUUGCUUAAGGUUUCUGGGCAAUUGGAUUCAGACAAGUUGGGCAAGCAGAUUCAUAGUUCUGCUUUGAAACAUGGCGUGGAUUCUCAUGUCUUUGUGAGGAACACUCUAAUUCAUAUGUAUGGCAUGUUUGGGGAGAUUGAAAAUGCCCUCCAACUGUUUGAUGAAAUACCCAGUCCGGAUUUAGUGGCUUGGAACGCCAUUCUUGACUGCCAUGUCUACUGCGGAAAGUUCAAGGAAGCUCUUGAUUUAUUCCUGAGAAUGUUGCAGAGGGGAACACAACCUGACGAUGCAACUUUUGUUGCGACGCUCUCGGCAUGUUCUUCAUUGGGUGCAUUGGAUUUUGGGAGGUGGGUUCAUUCUUAUAUUGACAACAUUGGUUUUGGAAGCAUUGUCUCUGUGUCGAAUAUGCUUGUUCACAUGUAUGCAAAGUGUGGAGCUGUUGAAGAAGCGUACGAGACUUUUGACAAAGUGAAAGAGAAGAACUUGGUUUCAUGGAACACAAUGAUUCUAGCUUUCGCAACUCAUGGUCGUGUAAAUGAGGCAUUGGCAUUGUUUUCCAAAAUGUUGGAAACAAAGCUCCAGAGACCGGAUGGCAUCACUUUCUUGAGCGUUUUGUGUGCUUGUAGUCAUGGUGGGAUGGUUGAUGAAGGUAGAAGAUACUUUGAUAUGAUGAGCAAACUGUACCAUGUAAAACCAACCGUGAAACACUACGGGUGCAUGGUUGAUAUGUUGGGACGAGCUGGGCUGCUUGAGGAGGCUUACCAGUUGAUUAAGAGUAUGCCGAUGAAGUGCAAUGCGAUUGUUUGGAGGACGCUUUUGGCAGCGUGCCGGAUUCAUGGCAACAUUGAGCUUGGAGAGAAAGUGAGGGAACAUAUUUUGUUGGUAGAACCAUAUCACAGCAGCGACUACGUCCUUCUUGCCAACAUGUAUGCAAGUGCUGGUCAGUGGAACGACGCCAUCGGUGUAAGGGAAACAAUGAGAGACAGGCAAGUUCAGAAGCCAGACCCUGGCAGUAGCGUCAUUGGGAAAUCUUCCUCAGACUGGGUUGGAUAUAAAGUCAACUAUAGCUUGUUCUCAGGUUGGUUUAUUCCUUUGUAGUUUCCAUCUAUUGUUA